GAACGAAUGUCUUUUUCUUCUUGUGCCUUGUUGAGCCAGCCAUAAUUGUCACGUGAAGUCCUGUCGGGAUGAGCGAGCAGCAGAGCGCGACUUCCUCUGAGAAGGCGCUGUUUCUUCCCUGCCACGGCGUCUUUAACCGUUCCCUGACUGGCUUAGAAGGAAGUAUCAAGUCAUUUGAAGUCAGAAGAUUUGUGUGAUCUUGGGAAAGUCAUUUAAACUUUCUGGGCCUCAGUUUUCUCAUCUGUAAAAUGAAGAGCUUGAGCUAGAUGACUUCUAAGGCCAUUUCCAUCUCUAAAUCUCUGAUCUCAUGAGCCUCUGGACUACAUAGUUUAGAAGAAACUUAGCUCUACUUAUUGAGAUGGUGCUUUGCCCUAGACAUUGGAUUCAAUUGCCUCUUUGCUCCUGAAGAGAAAUUACCCUUCCCUACAAAGAAAGGAUUCAAACUUGUUUUUCAUUGAGAAACUGAACAUUUUUCUUCUUAAAACUGAUUCUUGGUAUUGUACAGCUUUUUUUGAUACAUUUUCAUCCCUUCACAAUCUUCUUUCCAUCUUUUUGUUCUUUUUGUAAUAUACUCAGUCCCUGAAUAUCUCUUGCCAUCUUUUGUGAUGGCUCUCUUUUUAUCUUUCUGUCGGAAUUUCCAGAUGCUUUGGAAGAACAGUCUUCAUCAGGGAUCAAGUCCUAGAAACCAGAUAUUCUCUGUUUUAUACUCCUCCUUCCACUUUAGUAAAAAAGAGCAGAGAUAUUUUUCUCUUACUUUGCCAUUUCGGCAAAAUGUCAAAGCAACUAAUUUGCUGGUUUCCAAGACCAUAUCUAGUAGUAAGAAUGGUAAGGGCAGAAGUAAGCAAAAUUCUUCUGUUUCCCCUCAUCCCUUGUUUUCAGCUGGAACUGCUAUGAAGAAAUCAGAGAAACUUGGAUAUAAGAAAGAUCAGCAACAUGAUUUUCCUAUUAGUGGCCCUGAGAUGCUUCCAACAAAACCUUUGAAUUCAGAAGAAUGGGAGAAAAUAAAGGAAAAUUUUGAACAAAGAGACAUUUUUGAAAAUUGGAUAAUGGCACAGAUGAUAAAAUAUAAUUGUGCUAUUGAUAUUGCAAAAUCCCUGCUAUCUUGGAUAGCCAAGAAAAAUAAUGGUAUUGUGGGGUAUAAGCUACUUAUUGGGUACUUAACUUUGUGUGUUUCUCAGAAACAAACAACAGAGGUUAUUGAUGUCUAUGAAAUUAUAAAAACUAGAUAUAAAACUCUAGAACCUGAAGGUUACACACUUCUCAUCCGGGGCUUAAUUCAUUCAGAUAGGUGGAGAGAUGCCCUGAUCCUGUUAGAAGACAUCAAAAAAGUCAUAUGUCCUUCAAAAAGGAAUUAUGGUGACUGUAUCAAAGGAGCCCUUCUUCACCAAGAUGUGAAUUUAGCUUGGAACCUCUAUCUUGAAAUGCUUAAUCGUAGAGUAAUUCCUAAUUGGGAGACUUUUCAGGCUUUCUUUGACUUUGCAAAAGGUGUGGAGAAUAAUCAGUUGGAAAGAAGACUCUUAGACAUCCUUUUAUAUCUAAGACACAACCAAAUGUAUCCCAGCGAACCAUUUGCACAAAGUAUAAAAGCAUGGUUUGAGAGUAUUCCUGAGAGAAAAUGGAAAGGAAAAUCUGUCACUAUUCAUAAGAGUGGAAAAUGUUUAGUUUGUGGCAGAAUGUUAGAGUCUAUUCACUUGAACUCAGAAGAAUAUGAACUUCUUAAGCAAAGAGUCCUGAAGAAUGUGCUUGAUGGAGGUGACCAAUACAGGAAGACAACACCCAAGGAAAUUAACAGAUUUGAAAACUUUAUUAAAAGUUGCCCUCCUUUUGAUAUUGUGAUUGAUGGACUCAAUGUUACCAAAAUGUUUCCUAAAGUUCGUGAAUCUCAAACCCUUCUUGAUGUAGUCUCUCAGUUAGCAAAGCAGAACCUCCAAGUGCUUGUCCUAGGUCGGAAGCACAUGCUAAAUGGAAGUUCCAGGUGGCAAAAGAGUGAAAUGGCAGCUGUUCAGAACAUGGCCUACUGCUUCUUUGCUGACAAUGUCUCAGAAGAUGAUGCCUUCCUGUUAUAUGCCACCCUGCACUCAGGGAACCACUGCCAAUUUCUCACCAGAGAUCUGUUGCGAGACCACAAAGCUUGUCUCCCUGAUGACAAUACUCGCCAUCUAUUCUUUAAGUGGCAGCAGGGACAUCAACUUGUAUUUCUCAACUAUUACCCAGGGGAAAAGGUCAUCUUUCAGAGUUGAACUUUUUCAUCAACACUCAAGAUAUCAACAAAUUAUGUAUAGACUCUGUUAGGCCUUUGAUCUGUCAGGUCUCCAGUAUAUAUGGUUGGUUACACAGUGACAGUGCUUUUUUCACUAUGACUUAAUCUGUAAAGCUGUUAUCAUUGUCUCAACUCCAAUAUUGUACCAAGUCCAUACUGUGCAAUAAAAAUGUGUGUCUAAAUGCAAAAAAAAAAGAAAAAAGAAAGAAAAGAAACCCUAGCCCCCACUCAGGCAAACAGGUAGAAAAUAUAUAUCCAAGCACAAGGAUAAGACUAGCAAGAGAUAGAUGUAAUCUGCAUCUAUAUUUGGAGUCAUCAAAAUCAGCCUCACCCAAGAAAGCCCCAGGAUAGUUAGAAAGGUUUGAGAGAGACAAAGACCAAGAGAAGCAAGGAGAAGUGCGGAUGAUCCAGUGCUCAGAUUGGGGGCCCCUAGAUCUAGGUCCUUGUACUUCUAAAGUGUCAUUGAAGAUAGCACUUUGAACUUCAAAGAUCCACAGGGUUUUAAACCUGGGAGGUAGAACCCAGACUGAGACCAAGUAAGACUGUCCAUCUCACCCAGAAGUUUAAUAGGAUAUAGAGCUUCUGGCCCUGACACAAAACCUCAGCUUAGGAACUAAGGCUGGAGGCAUGAGUAGAAAAUACACUGGGGUAUGCUAGAGCCAGCUCAAAUCAACUUGGGAACCAGUUAUUAAAUUUUCAGUUGAAGUAUUUCAGAAAUGUAAGCAUUUACACUUCAGAAAUUAGCAAAUGCUACCAUUUGGAUAUUCAUUAAUUGUUUUGUUGAUUGUUUAGACUUAAGAAAGCGAUUAAAAGGAUGUUAAUAAUACAGAUUGAACUAAAAGUAUGUUGUACAUUCUUCCCUCCUCCCCAUCCCACCCUAACCCUGUCAGAGCUGAUGGUAAAACAUUUGCCUAUACACUCUGAAUACACUAGUAUAGAAAGAAAGUGAGAUUUAGCAGAAAGAGUUGAAAAUUAAAUAGGUGUCCCUCAAUUGUGUAACAAUUAAAAUUAGUUUCUCUGCUAAAAGUAUUAUAUUUUUAGAGGUUUAUUAAAGAUUAAGAAGUAAAGAAAAUACAAAAUAAGAAAGCACGUGCCUAGGAGGGCCGAAAGGCCCAUUCAAUUUCACUUACUACAUCUUGAGAGACGGGUGUGCUUAGAAGCGGAAGCAGAGAGAGUGAGUAGGUGGUACAGUCAGUUUAAAUACCCCUUUUGCUCUUGGCCCAGGUGAGGACCUUCGGUGAGAUUUCAGGGAAUUCUGGGAACUACCAAGGACUUCUGGGAAUUGAAGUCUGGGGUUCAAAUCUCCAUUGUUACAAUUGGGGAAUAACUGAAUGGUUCUUCAGUCAUAUGGUAAAGGGAAUGUAAUUGGAAAGAGAUCAUUUUGGGGAAUCCUUGAUAGCAAGACAUAGAAUGAAUUGAACAGAACCAGGAAAACAUUUUCUAUCAUGGUCUUUUAAAAAAACAACUUUAAAAGAAAUCUAAGAACUCUUCUCACAGCAAUCCCCAACAAUGUUUUCAGAGGAGCUGUAAAAAACUAUUGGAGGGUGCAGCUAGGUGGCCCAGUGGAUUGAGAGCCAGGCCUAGAGACGAGAGAUUCUAGGUCCAAAUCUGGCUUCAGACACUUUCCAGCUGUGUGACCCUGGGCAAGUCACUUGACCCUCAUUGACUAGCCCUUACCACUCUUAUGCCUUGAAACCAAUACCUAGUAUUAAAUGGGGGGAAAGGGCACAGGGGAAAGAAGGUCUUUAGCAGAAGGUGAGAUUUGAGCCACAAUUUGGAAGAAGCUAGAAAAUGGAGAUGAAGAGGGAGUGCAUUCCAGGAAUGGGGAACAAUCUAUGAAAUGACACAUUCAAAAAAUACUAUCAUGUUUGAGCAACUGCAAGGAAAUCAGUAUAGUUGUAUUACAGAGUACUUAGAGAGAAAUAAGAUAUUAGAAGACUGGAAAGUUAUAAAAGGACCAGGUCAUGAAAGACUUUUAAACACCAGAAAAGAUUUACGUUCUACUGACAAGGAACCACUGGAUGGUGUGGGGAGAAAUGAUAAAUCUGAUCUGGGUUUUAGGAAUAUCAGUUUAGCCUGGAUAGUUUGGAUUGGGGAGUGGCUUAAGACAAGAUCAUCAACCACAAGAAUAUUUUAGUGGUAUAGGUGUGAGGCAGUGAAAACCCUGUGCUAAGGGUGAAGAAAAUGGAAUUUUGGAAAUCAUACACAUAAAUUGGGGGUAUGUUGGGGGUUUUCUGGGAUGUGGAUAUCAAUGAUAUAACCAUCUUUUUCUGUAGCUUGAGAAAGAAUAGGCAUAAGAAUUGAGUAGAUUGAGGAGCUGGAAUUUAGGGUAUUUGAAAGAUUAUCAAUAUGUAUCUUGAAGUUCCUGCUAUGAGAGCAAGAGUUAUAAUAAUGAAAAAGAUUUUGGGGCAGGCACUGAACUUAGAGAACAAUGAAGAGUGUCCUAGGAGUUCAAAAGACAGUUCUGUCAUUCUUUCAGGGCAGUGUUAUCAUAUAUUAUGUCAAUAUUAACGUAAAUCUUUUGUCCUGUUUCUCAUU